AUGACAGACGUUAGCAAAGAAGUUGAGGAGCUUGAAACAAGGAUUAAAAACCAUAAAGGCUAUGGAAAACCCUACAAAUGGUCUGCUAAAGAUUUUGAACUAGGAUCAGCACUCGGUCAAGGUAAAUUUGGCCAUGUAUAUGCAGCACGAGAAAAAGAAACUGGCUUACUCGUUGCAAUAAAAACAUUAUUCAAAUCUCAGAUUAUGCACUCAAGAUGUGAACAACAAGUUUUAAGAGAAAUUGAGAUUCAAUCCCAUUUAAAACACCCCAAUAUUCUGCGAUUAUUGACUUGGUUUCAUGACGAAAGGAGGAUUUAUCUAGUGGUUGAAUAUGCCGCUGGAGGAGAACUAUACAGACACCUUACAAAAGCCCCAAAUGGACGUUUCCCAGAACCUAAAGCAGCUCGAUAUAUAUAUCAGGUUGCUGAUGCAGUCGAUUAUUGUCACAGACAGCAUGUAAUUCACAGAGAUAUUAAACCAGAAAACAUAUUAGUGACUUACAGCGGAGACCUUAAAUUAGCAGACUUUGGUUGGUCUGUCCACGCUCCAUCUGAGAAGAGAAAAACAAUGUGUGGAACUCUUGAUUAUUUACCUCCUGAAAUGAUCAAACGGCAAGUGUAUAAUGUAUCUGUUGACCAUUGGUGUAUUGGAGUGCUGUUGUAUGAAUUCCUUGUUGGGAAACCACCAUUUGAAAGUGAUGGACAGGAUCAGACAUAUGCAAAAAUUUUGGCUGUUGAUAUAAAGUUCCCAUCUCAUGUACCUGAUGGUGCAAGGGAUCUUAUCUGUAAGCUUUUACGACACUCAAGUGAUGAGCGGUUAUCACUAGAGGGAGUGAAGAGCCAUUAUUGGGUAAAAAAAUUUCUGAAGGUUAAACAUAAGGCAUAA